AUGAACACCGCCGAUAAUCCAGUGGCCCCGGAUACCGGCCAACUCCGGCGUACCGCAUCGAUUUCCAGCGGCAGAAGUGGGUGGCCGGGUUUAAUUCAAUUAAUUGACGUUCUCCUCUACCUGACCGCCUCGGCGCGUGACUUUGAGGCGUUGAUCAAGACGAUUGACGUCGAGAAGAGUUUCGAGGAAAAUCCCGACAAUACUGAGCGCCCGAACGUUGCGUGGGAGAUUCGGAAGACAAUGUCAUCGCCCUCAUAUGCACUCCAGGAGAGGCUCAAACCCAGCAAUGUGGUCUCGCCACUCGUCGACAGCCCCGUGAAGGCGGCCCGGGAUGUGGCGGAGACUCCGCUAGACGACGACAGCGGUUGGCAGGUGGUGCAACGGCGGAAGCGCAGCGUCUCCAGCGUCACCACGCAGAGUCUCAUCGAUGAUAGGGAACGGGAGAGGGCUGACGAGGCGCUAUCCACUAAUAUGCAGCCAAAACUGUCAGUCUACGAUCGUCUCUACUCGGCCGCCGUACGCGGCAAAGACCCUAUGAGCCCGCCAAUGCUGUACAACACCUCACGCGGCGGCUCGACAUCGGGACGGUUGAUGUGCCCAAGGAGUGCGAUGGAUUUGCCACAGACAAAGUCGUCAAUGGCCAAAAUCGCAUACAGCCGGCAGAAGCUGUGGCUGCAAAGGGCACAAACGACAUUGGCUGACAAAAUGAAGGAGAGGCAAAAGAUUUGCAGGAAGGAGGAGAUGGAGAGGAGAACUCAAUCCCGUUGUGGCCUCAAUUUCGUUGAUCUGAAAAAGUCUGGAAAUGACGGCAGAUCAAAGAAUAUUGUUGAUGGAAUCGAGGCGAGAAGUCUUGGAUCAAUCUGCGAGAAAAAUGAGGAUGGAGAUGCGAUCCCUGCCGAUCCGAGACCCAGUGAUGAAGGGACCGAUCGCAUCGAUAUCGAUGGAAUACGUCUGCCCCCAUUACAACCGAUGUCUCCAGCCUCUUGGCAUGGUCUUCCCCCAGAAGUGGAGCAUUCAGUGGAAUGGCGUGCGAUGACGGAAGAAGAGGAGAGUCUCGCACAAGAGGAACGAUCACUCACCAGGGAAUUUGAGAAUGAGGAGAAUAUGUCGGUUGACGACGAGCUCGAACGGCUCAGCCAGGCGAUGAACGACGAGCCGGGGCAGUCACGAUUUUUGGACGAACAGCCGGCUCCCUCGGAGGCCGAUUCGUGCAGUACGCGGGGAUUGUUGUCCAAGUGGGAAGAAGAGAUGAAGCAGUACGCGUCGGUGUCGUGGGCGCAGCUGGUGGCGGACGAGUAUCCGGAGGGGAACUAUCGGGAACCUGGCGAUGAGGUGGCCCGCCUUGAGAAGAUGAGCUCGCCGAAGCGGAAGAGCAGCCCAUCCGGUGUGCAAGAAAAAUCGCAGCUGAAGCACGAUCGAGCCGAGAGUCUACGACAGCAAUUGAUGGAGGACAAGGCCGCACGACUGAAUGAGAUCUCGAAACGGUUCGCGGCGGUGCAAGCGCGAAAGGUGGAGGUUCGAGAACGGAUGAUGGCUCUAUAUUUGUCUGGAUUGGAGAGACAUAGCGAGAAAAGGAAGGAGACAUUGGCCAUGAAAGUACGAAAGGCACGCGACGAUGAUCAGAGGGUGCAAGAAGUCCUCUUCUGCAAAGAAGUCGAAUCCGAGCUGUCGGCCAACGAAAAACUACAAAAAGAAAAAACGAGGGAGCGAGAAUUAGAGAAAAGAAGAGAGAAGAUGGCAGAAGAGCGGACGAAAAGACAUGAGGAGAAAAUGGCCAAAGAGCUGGCGGCUGAGGAGAGGCGGAAAUUGGCAGAGCAAGAGAGACAAUUACGACUACAGGAAUUGGCUGAGGCGAAACAGACGAGAAAUGCACAGAUAGAAGCACAUAGAGAAGAGCAGGAGAGGGAGAGGAGGGAAAAGCGUCGACAGCGCGAGGAGCGUAUCGAGGGGAUGAGGGCGUUGGAGACGGAGAAACGGGCCAAUGACCACAAGAAAAUGCAGCAAAAGCUCGACUCGUCGACCCGUCGCCACGAAUUGACCGUCGAAUCGGUGCGGGCCAAGGCGCACGAACUCGGCAAUCAGAAGGUUUUUGCCAGAUGGGAAGCCCUAUCAAAUGCGCGUGCAUGGCCGAGCCAACAAUCGUCUCGAGUAUGGGGAUGUACACGGUGUUCACAGAAGAUUGCUCUAUCAUCUGAACUCGAUAUCAUGGCACAUAUCAUUGGAAAAGGGCAUUUAGAGGCGUGGAAGGUCAAGGCACUCGAUGUCACACAUCACAAAUUGGCGAUGGAACUGUGUGAAUCAGUGGUAGAGACAGACUGUCUACCACCAUCCCUCACUUCAUCCUCCUCUUUCGGCAAUGAUGUCGACAAGAAGAAACUAACCCGGCUCAAGCAGAAAAUGCAGCAAAAGGCGCUGAAGACCGCUGAAACACUACGCCAAACUACCCCCUACACGGCCAUCAUGGCCACAAAAGUAAAAGACAAAUCGGUGCGGGACUUGGCGACGAAUCUCUCGGCCGAUCGACAGCUUCGCCACCUCGAGCACGCCCUCAUUGAUGUCAUCAAGAGAUUCGAGAACGAUGGCUCCUCGUCUGCCGAUUUUGCCGCCCAAAUCGUGGCCGCCGGCGCGUUGCGGCCCGCGGUCGAUCGAUUGAUGGGGAUGAGUGGGAAAGCGCCAGAUCAGAAACGGGUCCGCUCAAAACUCCUCUCGGUCCUCACGUCAAUCGGUGUUCAUCAACCGCCAGCAGCGUGUUCUCUCCUGCUGGGUUCUCCUCUAUGCCAAUGGCUGAUCGAUGAGUUGUCCUCUGCCCUGCUCGCUGAUCUUGAUCGUCUGCAUCUUCGCGAUGUUCUCUCGGCCAUCCAUCGACUUCUCUCAUCUCUCGAUCGUUUGCCGACUGAGGCUGGGAUGAAUAUGAAGGAACGGCUGGCAAGAGGAGAUCUUAUUCUCGGAUACAUCUGCUCGCUGGGCAUCCCCUCCCAAUUGUCCGUCUUCAUCCCGCGGCUGCUCUCCGAAAUGGAUCUCGAGACGAUUGAGUGUCUCUCCUCAUUUCUCUACACUCUCUCACUCGCCUCUGACGCCCAGAUCAUUGAUCCCCUGCUGGCGGCCUUCAUCGACCCUGUCCUGUUCCACGUCGUCGAUGUUCUACACGCCAAUUCGAGCGAGCAGCCGAUGGACGAGAAAUCACCGACCCGCCCGCAUCUGCCGGAGACGUGCGUGACGCUCUGCCGGAUGACGCUCGCAUUUUCGGCCAAGUUGAAGCAGGACGAUUUUAGGCGUUGCUUCGAUUCCUCAGACACCCGUGCCAUGCGUUUCUACCUGAUCGUCUCCGAAUGUAUCCACAUGGCCGACCCGUCCACCCCAUCCAUUUCCGGUCAAUCGAAGGAGGGAAAGCGAUCCCCCGAUAACCCAUCCCCGGCUGCCUACAUGGAGCGGAAAUCGAUGAAGCUGGGGGCGAUAGCGUUGGCUGGACGAUUGGCAGCAAUUGGGACGAGUCAUCAGCUACUGUGCCUGCUCGGCUGUCAACAAUCCGUCCUCGCCACCAUCUGCCAACUUCCGGCCUCUCAUUUUAAUUCCGGCUCGACUUCAUCGAUCGUUUUGCCGUCAAUCAUCCGCAUCGCACUGUAUUCAGCGCCGGCACUUGAUACUGUACGGCUACACCUCAAGGAUCAGCCCGUCGUCGCCUUCCUAAAGGAAGCCUGUGGAUCAUUGCCGCGUCUUCAGCCCCAAUUCUCGUUCCUCCAGGCGGCAUUACCAGUCUCAGAAUGGCCAUCCGCCCUCCGAUUCUUCGACCCGGACUCCAAAAUACCCUCCCAGCAA